AUGAACCGCGUAACGUCUUCUUCAAAUGCCCAAACUAAGAAACUCCCUCAGUCGCAGUCUCAGCCGCAGCCGCAGCCGCCGGCGAAGAAGGAGAGAAACCUAAAAAGGGAGAGACUUCCGGUGAACCCGUUGAGAGGUUUCACUACAAGAAGCUCCAGAAGCAGCAGUUGUAGCAAUGGCAGUGGUUCUGGUUCUGGGUCAACUUCCGGUGAAGCCUCCAACGGUUGUCACAGGUUCUUGCUCUCUCAUUCUUUCUCAUCGUCUUCUUCUUCGUUAGGAGUUUUCCCUCAAACCGGUAGCAGUAACAGACCUGUGAGAUCAGUAGCUAAAACCCCCAAAUCUGCUCCAGUAGUGAGCAAACCCUUAAUUAGAAAGAAACCAAGGUCUCUGGAGGAGACGAAGCUGAAACCCACAGCUACUGAUAAGCCUCAGAGAUUGAAGACGAAUCCUUUAUCUGGAAAGAGACUCACUGGUAGUAAGAUCACCAUGAAACCGGAGAAAGCUUCGAUUUUGAAGAAGCAAUCUUCUGUUUCUAGAGAGGUUGAGCUAAAAGAUAGCCAGACUACGAUUAGGGUAGAUGAUAGCAUUGCUCAGAUCACUCCUAUUUCCAAAUUAGGAACCGGGUCUGAUUUGAUUUAUAGAAGCAGCAACGGUGAAGAAGCUAGGGAUGAUGAUGGUAGAGUAAGUAGCAGUUAUGAAGACAGGACACCACCUGUUCAAGCGUCGAUAUCUCCAGAGAUACAAUGUGGAUCAUCAUCGUCUAUGAAUCUGUUAGCAUCAGCUCAAUCUCAAGCUUGUUAUGCUGCUGGUCAUUUACUCUCUGGUGUUAGUGAUAAGAGGAAGUGCAAACCUAAAGGGAUUCUCACUGUUGGUGAAAAUGGUUUUGAGGCUGUUAACGCCAAGAUACUGGAUGAUUUUGAUGAAGUAGACUUUGGUAACAUCUCUAUGAUGCCUUUGCCUGCUGAUGCAUCAGUGCAAUGGCUUUUAUCUCCUUGUGAUGAGGAGAAAGAAACUGAGAGUGUGACUUAUGAUGAUGGUUUCUCUCAGUUGCAGCAAGUUGUUGAGUGUGUUGGUGACCAUGAGACUCCUUCGCCAUUGUCUAGUACCUCUUCAGAUUUAUGCAACAUUACCAGCGGCAAAAGUCUUUCACCUGUGAAUCUAUGUAAAGAGACGGUGAGGAGAACAAGUUCUUCUCUUUCUCCUAAUGAGCUUUCUCGGUUCAGGAGAUUCAUGCAACUUUCGUCCUGUGAGCUAGAUCCUUGUGAGGAUUUGAAAGGAGACAAACUGUCGUCUCCACUAUCUGUUGAUACGCUGGGAAGCGAGAAUGUGAUUCAAACACCAGAAUCCAACUCAAGCUUUGACAGUUAUUUGGCACUCUUGAGUUCUCAAGGUGAAUUCCAAAAGAAACUUGAGGUUUGUUCAGAUAUGGAGUCACUGACAACGGCUCUUGAGUCAGCUAGAUUGUCACCAAGGAGGCAGGCUUCAUCACGAGAACCGAGCAGUGCAAGUUUCAAGUUUGAGUCUUUGGUCACGUCUACUGAUUCCAUUGAUCUUUCACAGUUUCAGAGAGGUGAUGCUCCUGCAAGAAAAGAAAGAGAAAUGCUUCCGUGCUCUGCUGCGGAGUCAAUAAGCACUGAUGGUGGUGGUCUGGUUUGUUCUGAGGAUUCAAAUUGGAUGGAGUGUUACAAGAAUUAA